CAAGUGUAUCUCCCGCCGCUUUUGCCCCUGGCGGCGGGUUGCUUUAUUAGGGUUGAAGGGUUGAGCGAUCUAUAUAGGAUUUCCAAGCGGCCGCCUGGCGCCAGUAAACCCUGUUGCCGGAGUCGGUCUUCUGUCGUGCAAGAUGGCUUUUUGGGGUGUUGAAAUCAGGCCUUCUAAACCGUAUAUUCAUAAUUUUGAUCAAUCCCGCGGCAGGCUUCGCAUCUCUCAGGCAACACUAGGUGAUGGUAAAUCUACAUCCAGGAGCACCAUGCAGUGCAAUGUUGGCGACAAAAGCCCUGUUUUACUGUGCAGUUUGAUUCCCAAUGUAUCUGAAACUUGCCAUUUGGAAUUGGAGUUUGAAGAGGAUGGAGAAGUCAUCUUCUCUGUCCUUGGGCAGAGAAGCAUCCACUUAACUGGCUAUUAUCUUGGCCAUGGACGCAGCUUGGAUGGAGAUGAUACUGAAUCCUAUGGGGAAGAUAUUGCUGAAUCUGAUGCUUCUGAUAGCUAUAGUUAUGGCAGUGAAGAUGACUAUGAGUCUGAUUUUAUAGAUGAUGCUGAUGUUGCAAUAUACUCAGAAUCUCGGAGGCCCAAAAGCAGCGUUGUGAUUGAGGAGAUUGAAGAUGAUGAAAAACAACAUCGCAACUUCCGUCGCCUAAAAAAGAAGCAUGAGAUUAGUGAUUCUGAGGAUGUUGAAAUGGGAUCCCAGCAGCUUGUUGUAAGGAACAAAGGAUCUACAAAAGAGGAAAGUGAAGAUGAUGAUGGUUUUCCCAUUUGUUUCACCGAGGAGGGUACAAUUUCCAAAAAGAAGAAAAGUGAUGAUAAGAAAAGGAAGGUUAAUGGCAGUACUCAAGAUACCGUUUCUGUUAGUAAAGCUAAUACAGAUCGCGAUUCCAGGAUGCCAGCUGAAACUGCUUCUAAACAUAAUGAAAAAUCAAAGAAAAAGAAGGAAAAUGAUGAAAAGCGUUCUAUAGGAUCUGAGAAUGAAGAGAAACAGAAUAAGCAUAAGGAAAAUGUCAACGUGGAAAACAAUUCUGAAACUGAUACUAAUCUUUCAAAAGAAAUUGAAGGUCAUGCUAAGGAAAGCCUAAAUGGAGUUAAAGAUACUGACAAGUCUGGUGAUCCUGAUGCCUGCAAGCAGAGUAAGAAAAAAUCCAAAAAGAGAAGGAUUAGUGAAGGUGCGUCUGAUGAGCAAGACUCGUUCAUGGAAGACAUUGACGCUGAUAAAAUACCAAAAGAGGACAAAAUGACUGUGGAUGAACCUGCUGCUACUGACGUAAAUGUCACGAAGAAAAAGAAGAAAAGCAAGAAAAAGAAUAAAGAUUCUGAUAUAAAGCAUGAGGCAUUAGCAAAGGAGAAAGCUGACCUAGCGGUGAAUGGUGUUGAUGAAUUGAAGCAAGGAUCUCAAGCUAUCAAAACUCGAACUUUUCCUAAUGGUCUUAUUGUAGAGGAAGUUUCUAUGGGUAAACCAGAUGGCAAAAAGGCCUCUCCUGGGAAGAAGGUAUCAGUUCGCUAUAUUGGCAAAUUAAAAAGCGGAACUAUUUUUGAUUCAAACAUUGGUCAAAAACCUUUCAAGUUCCGACUUGGCAUUGGUGAAGUUAUCAAGGGAUGGGAUAUAGGUGUUAGCGGCAUGUGUGUUGGUGACAAGAGAAGGCUUACUAUUCCUCCAUCAUUCGGUUAUGGGGCUAAAGGUGUAGGGAAGAUUCCACCAAACUCUUGGCUUGUGUUUGACGUUGAGUUGGUUGAUGUGCAGUGAAAAAACAACUGGUUCUCUCAUGUGAGUUGGAAUUUACUUAUUUUUUAUCCUCUCAUGUGAAGAAUUAGCAAAGCAAGGAGAGUUUCCACAAUUUUGUUUGCAGAUACUAUGGUCAUAAUAUUAUUCAAUUUUUUUUUAUGGUUGAAUUUAAUGUUUCUUAAAUCCCCAUGGAAUGUGAUUUUGAGCAGGUUUUUCAACUCUAUCA